AUGCUGGGUGAUUUCACGCAAACUAAUAUCUCGAUAAACGAUACGAACAGCUCUAUUGGUGGAAAUGACACUGAUAAUGCUAUCUACAACAAGAUAUCGGCUGCCCCACUUUUCCUAUCGAUCUACGCUAUCAUAUUUAUAUUUGCGGUUGGUGGGAAUUGUCUGGUGAUCUGGAUUGUCGCGACCAAUCGUAAAAUGCACGAAGUCACCAUCAACUACCUGCUGGUCAAUCUGGCUCUUGCUGACCUCAUUCAAACAUUGUCUAGCAUUUUCCAAGUUGUUGAUUUUGUUGUGAAAGAUUUAGAUAUCGGUGAGUAUAACUGGAAUUUGUGCAAAUUAGAAAAUUAAAAUUCAUUAAGUUAAAAUUCAUGAUCAUUCUCAUAAUUGUUCUUCCUUUCUUGGAACGGAUAUUCGAAUACAGGUUUACUUAAGGUAAAUUCAGCGUUUCUUUUAGAAGUCAUCAAUAUGUCAGACAUCAUUGUCUACGCCGAGCAAUUAUUUAUCGUAUGAUUAACUAAGUACAAAAUAAACUCUUUUUAACUCUGAUAGAUUUUCUGUUCAAGUGUUGAACAUAGGAAACACUGGGCUUGAAAAUAUCGUUAUAGAAUCUGAGUUUUGUGGCUGCAGAGAUUAAGUCAGUUUAUUGAGUGUCUCACUCAUAGUGGUGAGCGGAUUUCCCAACAUGAGAGUGAUGAGAUUAUUGCUCAAUCCGAGGUACCUACGAUUUUAACGUCCGCAUCCAAGAAGACGCGAAAGUCUAACUCCAUUUACAGAUGUCAAUGUAAAGGUAUCACUUUCUCCUCAAUUAUUUUAAGACCUUGAAUACUACUAGAUGUUCAAUGUUCAAAGUCACUAUACUCUAUAGUAUUUAUCAUCAUAAAGUACUUUGAAAAAAAACUUCAUUUUCUCGAAUGAACGAUUCCCAUGCAUGUCGAUACAUUCCAUACUUCGAUACGUAUAAUAUACUUGAAAGAAAACUUCAGUAUAUUGAUUUUAAUAUAAAGUAGCUCUCUAGAUUAUCACUUUAUACUGCAAAAUAUAUUAGGGUUACGUUCUCACAAGACUCAUUUGGAACUGUUUUGCCAAUUCGCACGUGAUUUGCAACGAAUUUGCGUUCUAAGCGAAGACGAACUAUAAGUAAGCCGAUCUUUGUAAGCGCUUUUCAAGCUAUAGUUAUUGUCCUUUGUCCCCUUUUAAAUAGAACAUUUUUCAAUUUAUCAAACCCAAGUGUGUCUUAUAUUCAACAUGCACUUGUAUUUGUUUGACCCUUGUGUUUUUAAUCAGCCAUGUAAAUAGUCAUAUGACUUGGCUUAUUAAUUGCUGGGCGUUCCGGAUUAUGGCUCAAAGAAUGCGUUUAAGUUGCUUAACUUCCAAAUCCGUUCCAAGAAAUAUGGGAAGAGACGCUUCGAAUGAUUUCCUGCCAUUAAAACUGAACUCUAUCAGGUCUAAUUAAAUUGCUCCCCUAUAGGUCAUGUAAAUACUGGAUAGCUCUAUCAGUUCUAAACUGUUCUUCCUAGAGGCAUGGGCGUACCGGAAGGAAAAAAUCAGGGGGGGGCGGAAAGAAAUUUGCCCGACUUUUCGGGAUUGUGCCCGACUAGUACCUAAAAAAUUUUUCCGGAAAAAUUAUUUCGGCGACCUCUCCCCCCCCCCGUCGCCAAAAACUUUUCGGUCAGUGUACCAUUUUAGGGGUCCAAAAAAUUUUCCGGACAUACCAAAAUUUUUCGGAACAUCAAACAAAUUUUCAAAAAAAAAAAAAUUUACAACAAAAUUGACUGAAUUUUCGACUAAGUUUACAUAAUUUGUCCCAUUUUUUUUUUUAUUACAAACCAAAAUUGCCCGACUGUUGAUCGAAUAUUGCCCGACUGCCCAAAAAACUGGGGGGGGGGCUACCGCCCCCCCCCCGCCCGGUACGCCUAUGCUUAGAGGUCAAGUAAGAAUUAUCUCUUAUUGAUCCAGUGUUACUACAGGAGGAAACCUAAACUAAACUAACUUUAUUUAUACUGGAUAGCUAUAUCAGUUCUAAACUGUUCUUCUUAGAGGUCCAGUAAGGAUCAAUGGAUCAUCUCUUACAGUAUUGAUCCAGUGUUAAUACAGGAGGAAACCUAAACUAACUUUGUUUAUGCUGAAUAAUUCUAUCAGUUCUAAAUUGCUCACACAAAUUUGAAUGAGACAACUGCUUGUGACAGAAAUCAUAGUCCCGUACAUUUGUUGUCAGAGGUUAUGAGUUAUUUUCUGAAUUUAUUUCCAGGUGAUGUUGGAUGUAAGUUCCAGAUCAACAUGUACAAUAUUCCAUACGGCGCUUCAGUUCUUACUCUCAUCUUCAUAGCUUACGAGCGCUACUGUGCUGUGUGCAAACCUGUCUACUUCAAUGAAUUUAAACAAAAAAUACGCUGGUUUGUGCCUCUAUUAUGGCUCGCAAGCGUAUGUAUCUAUAUACCCACUAUCACUUACUGUGGGUCACGAAUGGACAAGAAGAAAAAUCAAUUGACUUGUGACUGUAAAGAACGCUGGCCCAGUCUAAGAGCCAAGAAUAUUUAUGGCAUAGGCCUGGUGAUGGUUUUGUAUGUGAUACCGCUGGUCGUUAUUUCCAGACUGUAUUUUGUAGUGAUCCGCAGGCUCAGGCGGUCCAUACCCGGAGAGCAUCAUGGGACGGAUACGACGUAUCAGUCGCGGCAAGGUGUUGUGAAGAUGUUACUGGUUACCGUCGUGUUAUUUUUUGUAUCAUGGACACCGUACAACGUGUUGUAUUUCUUAAAGAGAAUUGAGUAUGAUUAUCGAGGGAUAUAUACGUAAGUAAUAUAAUUUUUGACUUGUCGUAAUGCUGUUCCAACAAGGCUUGUCAUCAGGAUGUGUUCGCACUGCUUGUUCCAGCUUGUUGACAACGGUCCUCAACGGCUUGUUGACAACUCGCUACAAGGUUGUUAAGCUCAACAGACUUGUGACAAGUUGUUCCAGCAACUUGUUAUCGUCCUGCAAUUCAACAAUUUGUCUACAAGUUGUGAGUGACAACCUUGUAGCAACUUGAUAAAAUAACAGCAUUGUUACAACUUGUUGACAAGCUUACUCUUGACAAGCCUGUUGCGAACACAUCUUGUUGAGAAGUUGUGAGGUUUUUACGUGCAGUAUAUAACAUUAUCAUGACAACUGAAAUUAUUUUAUUUAUUUGUAGGUACGUGUGGUAUCCUGCGUUACUCUUGGCCUUCAUAAGCUGCGCGUACAAUCCCGUUAUAUAUUGUUUCUUAAGUAAGAACUUUCGUAAAGCUUUCAAGUCCAUUUUGUGUUGUGUCAAACUACCCAAUAUAUUGAGAGUUUCCUCGAGUGGGACGCCGAUGACUCCUCGGCGGACUGUACGAACUAAUAUUGCUACUGAUCAUGAUGUAUGAUUGUACCGCCUUCAAUGAUACGAUAAUACAACAACGUGUGUAAGCUUAACUGUGUACCGUUGCCUGUUUCUUCGUUGGGAAGAACGAUGUCAAUUUAAAGACACAAAUACAUCACACGCGUUAGAGUCAGACCAUUACGCACAAGUUGUAACAAGUCUGCAAACAAGUUGUUACAAGUCGCACUGCUUGUUCCCAGUUUGUUGUAACAAGUUUGAAACAAGCUGUUAACAACUUGUAACAAGCUUGAUGACAUUAUCAGCCUUGUUACAAGACUGUGCUAACAAGUUUGUUACAGCCAUGAUAUAACAAGAAUGUUACAAGGCUGUCAACACAAGGUUGUAACAAUCUUGUUAUAUCAAGCAUGUAUAACGGACUUGUCAGAACAACCUUGCAACAAGUCUGAUAAUUUCGACAAGGUUGUUACAAGUUGUCAACAAGUUGUUCCAAACCUGUUGCCAACUUGUGACAAGCAGUGCGAACACAUCUUGUUGACGGCUUGUUGGCAGACUUGUUACAAGAUGCAUUUGAGAUUUUUAUGUGUGUAGAAGGGUUUUGUACUAGAUAGAAAGUUGAAAUGUAAAAAAAAUGAAAAAACAAGCGCGCUCUUCUUUCGUGAUAUACUUGUACAACAACACGGAUUUUUGUAAGGUUGCAUAUUUGCACAGCCGAGCGACUUAACUAUUGAAAGGGGUUUUAAUAGUCGCUCAACAAGGAAAUCCAUGUCAGAAUUCCAUAUCAUAUUUCAUACCCGGAACUACACAGUCAUAACUUACAUAAACUUAUUUUACAGUUUCUCAUCAAUCUUGAUUAAACAAGCAGCAUUGUGACAGCAUUCACUUUAUUUCAUACAUAAAGUAAAUAUAUUAUUUACAACUUUUUUUUAAUAAACGGUAUCAUAUAGACCUAAUCUCUUUAUUUUAAACAGCAGUGAUAUAUGUUUUGCCGGCUUUGUUUAAGAAAUGCAAUAUUGAACGUGGAAUUUCAAUGUUUUUCCCAUCUUUUUUGAAUGUCCAUAUAGGGGCCUACUGUUAUGUGUGUAAAGAAAAUUGUAGACGGCAGGAUUGUGUGUGCUAUGGAUUAUUAAUAAAAAAGACUUCGUCCUAUUAACUUUAAUAUUUUGUUAAUCGAUCAAGAUGAAUUUCAUAUGAUAAGGAAAUGCGGCAAUGACCUCAUAUAUCAUAUACUACAAUUGUGUCAAUUAAGCACAAAUUGACAAAUUAUAUAAAUUUUCAAUUUCAAUUUCAUGAAUAUAUUUACUGGCGUGUCUGUCGCCAUACAGGCGUCUUGAUAAACUGGGAACAUAUUUGCUUUGGAAACAGAUUGCGUCUGCAUGGUUUUACCAUACAACGAAGCGGUUUACCUUCCCGGAAACUCCCUUGAUAAGCUUCUGUGAUGCAAUAAGCUGUGGUAUUCAUUCACAAGAGAGCAUUCAACACGUUCAGUCUAUUACUGGACGAAGCGUGCGCACAGAAUUAAAAUUGGAAUAGAACUUUUACAACGAUGCAAAUUUUGACAAACUGUACCGCGAAUUGUUCAACUAGAACUUUGAACAAUACUAAACCAGAAGUAUAUAAUAAACUGUUUGCCGUGGGUAUAUUUCUCACUAUCUAUGCAGUGUUUUUACUCUUUGCUGUCGUGGGGAAUGGGUUAGUUUGCUGGAUCGUCUUGACAAAUCGUCGAAUGCACGACUCUACGAAUAUUCUCCUCGUCAAUCUGGCUCUAAGCGAUCUACUCUUGGCACUGGCGACCACGUUUCAAGUCGCUGACCUGGUUGUGAAGGAUUUAAAUCUUGGUGAGUUUUUUUUAAUAUUUAGUGUUUUAUUUACUUUAAAAUUCAAUCCACUAAAACGCUUUGUAGUUCUUGAGUUUCAAUAUUCAAAUAGGAAUUUUUAUGUGAUAUGUCAGUAUUGAGAACAUGCACUUUAAAGUUAAAACACACUUGGCGACGUCUCGUAUUUCAACGUAGUUAAGAACUCACACGGAGAUACAUUAUAAAUUAAUUAAGUUAUGGUUUAUGAACGUCUUCAAAAACUAAAAAAUAGAGUGGUUAGACUGAUUAGGAAUUUCAAAAAUGAAUCUGGUCAGUCUAUUUUGGCUUGUAAUGCUCUUGCAUGGUUGGAUAUAGCUCGAGGAACGCAAGACGCAAAUGAAAGCAAGGAUCAUGUACUAAACUGUCAAUCAUUAGCCCCUCAAAGACUGUAUCACACUUCAAAAUUCGAACACAAUAAAUUAUUACAAUUUAAAGGGUUCUUCGACUAGGAUUUUUAUUCCCAGGCCUAGGACAUAACUCAGUUAUAGUGGGGCUUAAUUAUGGAAUCAGAUACCGGAUGAAAUAAGAAAUUCGGUAUUUUAGGAUUCGUUUUGCAAAAAUCUAUUUCCUCGACCUAUUGUUUGUCCAGAUUAAAUAUAUUGUUUAGUUAAUAUAGAAUAUCAUAUGUUGGAAAUAAAUACUAUAGUAAUAUUUAAAUAAGUUUAUUAUAUAAUUUUGUAACAUUAUAUACAGCACAUCUCUUUUGGAAAUCAACUGUAUGUUGAUAAGAUUAUAUAGUGUGUUCGGGUGUGUUUAAAUAAACUUGAUGAUCAUCAUCUAGACUUCAUCUUUGAUAUCAUUAAGUGACGUGAUGAUAUGAUCAGAAUUACGUUAAGAAUACCGAACAUAAAUAAUUCUGUUUGAAUAUGACGAAUGUUUGUGUACCUUUUAUAUCAGCCUAGUGCACCUGCCUAAACUUUGCGCAAUUCAAUACUAAAAGCUUCAUAUCAUAUUACAACGUUGAAGAGAAGCCAGAGACGAGUAAAUUUUUGACUGCGCUUAAAAUUUACAGAGAAUCGUAAAAAAACAUGUUCCAUAUAUUUCAACACAAAAUUAUAACUCAUCAGAAAGAUCAAUGACAAUGUUUUUUUUAUUUCUUUGUGUUUAAAAUUCAGACACACCUACACAAUCUGUUCCAGCAUGUCAAAGCAACGAUCAGAUAAAAGUAGCCACGGUGUUUGAUAAAUAUCCUUGACGACCUAUACAGAUCUAAAUCUUAAAUUUCCGCCCCCAAGAAAAGAGUUCAGGGCCAAGAGGUUUUAGAGUCGUGCACUAAUACGCGUAAAAAAACUAACAUUCUUUUGGGAAGGGCUCAAUUGCUAAGAGUAAAUAGCUCCAUCAUUUUUAACCGAAAAAAGUACUAAAGUAGGAGAGAAUUUGUAGUGUUUGGAACUCUCACAUUCCGACAUUUGGAUGUAAUAUUUAUAUUUGAUCCAGAUCACCGCAUAUUGUAAGAAUUGAAGCCGUGUUAGACACGGAGUCUGUCAGUGUGAUUGUGUGUACUUCGAAACUCUGGAACCUUGAACGUUGUUUAAUUGUUUUUCAAAUAAUUGGAGUUAUUACGAUGACAAAGACAAUCGAUGACACGCGUCCAGCGCGACAUACUUCCUUCCCAAUGCCCACACCUCGCCUACGUAAAGAGAUUUUAAAUUUCAAAGGUCAAUUUUUUUUUCACGAUUGAUCUGUCGUGCGGAAACAUUGUGUUGGCGUGUGACGUCGAUACGCAUGAAUUGGAUUGUGUCGCUUUUGCAAACAUCACAUUUCAAGGAAAACAGAAAGUGAAUUCUCAAGUAUUCUUAUUUCUUUGUGAAUGUUUUAAAACAUGCAAGUCUUGAUGAGUUAAGAGGGUGUUUUGUAUUUUGUGCGUUUUAAUUCAAAUAAUACAAUGAGCGCGAAUUAUGUUAAUUAGCCUUAGCAACCAGCGUGAAGGAAACCACGCAUUUAUAAACUUACGUUGUUGCGCAUGGCCCACGCAUCCGAAUCAAAUCAGAUUAUCCCAAGAGUAUGUCAAAGUUGUGAUAUUAAAAUAACACAGUCAUUGGCUCUUACAUGGACAUAACAAAACUCCAAAUUCUUCAUGUGACUAGAAUAGGAUAUUUCAUGAAACGAAAUAUGAAAGUACAUGAGAAAACACUGCUCUUAAUUAAUUAUAAAAUAAUUUGUGUUUUGCCAAGAUUAAUAAUCAAUAAGGCAUUGACAAUGAAGUUAAUUUAUUCAUACAUCAUCUUAUUACUUACAUCACUAAUUGAGUAAUAAUGAGUAAUUAACUCACUAAUGACUAAUUAACUCACUAAUUAAUCAUGCCAUUAAUUAUCUCAUUAAUUAACGUACUAAUUAUUUAUCUUAUUGAUUAUUUCUUUAAUUAUCUCAUUAUUAUCUUAUUCAUUAGAUAUUUAAUUAUAACCCAUUAAUGAUCUCACUAAUAAAUCAUCUCAUUAAUUAACUCAAUGAUUAAUUAUCUCAUUAAUUAUCUUAAUUAAAUCAAUAUUGAUUAACCUACUAAUUGACCAUUCAUUUUGCUUCACUUGUAUUUCUCUUCGUUCAGGUGACGUUGGCUGUAAAUUCCAAGUGAACAUGGUGAACAUUCCUUACGGUGCAUCAUGCCUUACUAUCACAUUCAUUUCAUUUGAACGUUACUGUGCGAUAUGCAGACCAAUGGACCUGGUAGAUUGUGUCAAAGAGAGGCUAAAAUACAUCAUUCCAUUAAUAUGGCUGCUUGCUAUCGCAAUCUACUUUCCAACUUUGUAUUUCUGUGGCAAGAACCUGAUGAGCGAAGGAGAUCAACUCAGUUGUGAUUGUACGUAUCGUUGGCCAAGUCUCAAAGCAAAGAAUAUUUAUGGAGUUGGCAUCGUUGUAGUUUUGUAUGUCGUACCGUUCACAGUUGCGUCGUGUUUUUAUUCCGUCGUUAUUCGUAGAUUAAAACAAGUAUGUUAUUUUAUCAUUUAAUCGUUUUACACUCAUAGUUGAUGCAUCAACAACAUGUCAACAGGAUGUGUUCGCAAUGCUUGUUUCAAGCUUGUUGACAACUUGCUACAAGGUUGUUGAGCUCAACAGACUUGUUACAAGUUGUUCCAACAACUUGUUAUCGUCCUGCAAUUCAACAAUUUGUCAACAAGUUGUAAGUGACAACCUCGUGGCAACUUGAUAAAAUAACAGCAUUGUUACAACUUGUUGACAAGCUUGCUGCCAGCCUGUUGCGAACACAUCGAUCUUGUUGACAAGUUGUGAGAUUUUUACGUGUGUAGUUCAGUGCUUGUUAUCUCAAUAUUCUAUUUUCAUUCCAGGUGAUCCCUGGGGAAAACCAAGGCAAUACUGCAGUUUACAGAUCACGACAAGGAGUCGUUAGAAUGGUCAUGGUUACUCUCAUCGUAUUUUUUGUUGCUUGGACGCCUUAUAAUAUCCUAUAUACACUGAAAAGACUGGAAGUUGACUAUCGCAGUGUCUACCCGUAAGUUUUUAAGUGUAGUUUCGUUGAAAUUCCAUAAAAAUUGAGAAUACAAGGAUUCAGAUUAGAUGAUGAUUGAUGGGAUUGAUUUAUUUUGUAGAUAUGUGUGGUAUCCCUCGUUCCUGAUUGCUACAAUACAUUGUGUCUGUAAUCCAAUCAUUUAUUGUCUCCUUGGCAAUAAUUUCCGCAAAGCAUUCAAGUCAAUAAUAUGUUGUCAAAAUUGUCGCGUUCCUGACUUCAUUCAAGAGUUUCUGAGUUCUACUACGAGAACAACAACGCGUGCAACACGACAAGUUCAUACAAAUGAAAUGCAGAUAGAAACUUGAUUUUAGUUGACUGCAAAAAAUAAAAUGGAAUUAUGACAUACAAUCUGUGAAUCUGAUGUAAUAUAUUUAGAAUUUGCACAUGAUUUCAAAACGAUUUAUAAUAUUUUCCGCGUUUUUUGCCACGAAAUCAAACUAUAGUGGGAUGUUUUUCUAUUUGCUGAUUAUUUGAAGUCGGAAUUGAUGUUCAUAUGGAAGCUUCUCCUGUUUCUGUAUUAGUUUACAUUUGGCCUCGUAUUACGGGAACCUCCCGAUGGUAAAGAAGCUGUGGAAACCAAAGAAGAAUUACCUUCAACAACUUCGGAUGUUCAUGGAUUUCGGAGUUGGAAAGUUUAGCUGA